AUGAACUCGCGGCGCUUCAGAUUCAUCCUUGCCGGUAUUCCUCUUCUCCAGUUGCCCUCGGCUGCCCGCACAGUCUCUAGUUCGUCGCAGUCCCUCCAGCAAGCAAUUAGAACCGCAGUUGAGGAGAGGACCUAUCAACGAAUCCCGGACCUUCUCGGUUCAUCAAACGUCCCAUGGCAGAACCCAAAUCCUUUCUCCUUCCUUUCCACUUCCCCGCUACAGGUCAGAACUCAAGUUAUCGACGACAUUUUGCAGUCGUUCAUCCCUCUCAGGCCCCGCUCUCUCCCCAAGAUUGUUUACGACUGUCUUCUCGCUUACACCCUUCAGAGUCCCGAUCCCUUCCCCCUUGCCCUCGCUGUCCUCCAGCGCACCCUUCGUUCGGGUUGUUUGCCCGUUCCACAGACUCAGCUCUUCCUCUCUUCCGCCUGGCUUGCUCGCCGCCGGCUAUCUCAGACAGUUGCAGAUAUUCUCCACGAGAUGAGGUCGAUUGGGUAUGACCCUGAUACUGGAACUUGUAAUUAUCUCAUUUCGUCUCUCUGUGCUGUGGAUCAAUUGCCGGAGGCUAUGAAAGUCUUAAAGGGCAUGGCUCGAGCAGGUUGCGUUCCUGAUUUGGAGAGUUAUGUACCUGUGAUUGGUGCGAUGUGCGUCGUUAGAAAAACUGUUGAUGCCUUGGAACUGCUGAAGGAAAUGAUGGUUACAAGUGGAUUGACGCCACGGCAGGGAACUAUAAAGAAAGUCGCAGCAGCGUUGCGAGCAAACAGGGAGAUACGGACAGCAUUUGAACUGAUUGAGUUCUUGGAGAAGGAAAAUUAUGCAGUUGGGUUCGAGGGUUAUGAGCUGGUUCUGGAGGGAUGCUUGGACUGCAAAGAGUAUAUUUUGGGUGCCAAAGUAGCUAUGCGAAUGACAGAAAAAGGGUUUAUACCGUAUAUUAAGUUCAGGCUGAAGUAUCCAAUCUUAUCUUGUGUCAUCGGUGGGGAUAAGCAAUCUAGUGAGGUUUUCAUUGGUUCCGUUGAUGGGAAUGGAGUUCCUGAGUCUAGUUCAGACUCUAGGUUCGCUGUUGGGUCUGCUUUUACCACGGGUGCGGACUCUGAGAAUAGUGUAGUGAAGACUAGAGUAGUAAAUUGUCAACAUCAGCCCGUGCUCCAAGGGGCAGGGAAUGACAUUGGUGAUGGAUCGGAAUAUAGGCGGGAGAAGAACAGAAUCAAACCUUUGCCUGCUAAGUUUGCUGGAAGUUUAGUUCAACAUGGUCAACAAGGGAAGGGACAUGUGGAGAGUAGUAAGAAGAAACAAGAGAACACCUUUUCUGUCAAUGUACCUACUCUAGAGCUGUGUUGCAGAGUUGUUUUCAGGCCAUUCACCUACAACGAGUAUCUUUUCAGGCUGUUUGAUCAGUGUUUGCAGUGGGCAGUUCUGAAGUUUGGAGGUAAGCAACCUUUCGCUAAAGGUUGGGAGGCUGCUAUGGAACCUAAUAACCAGCAUGUUGUGGAGAGAAAGGUACAACAGGUGUCAUGAGUACUUGCUGCUGCUGCAAAAAAGAUCAGGCAAUCGAGAUGCUGAAGGUGCUAACGGAGUGGCUAAGAAUGGAGCAGAUAGUUCUAAGAUAGGACGUACCAUUCCAGAUAUAUGUGUAAUAUGUCUCGAGCAUGAGUACAAUGCUGUGUUUCUCCGGUAAGUAAGUAUGGCGCCCAUUUUUUACACAUGCUUAAACAGUACAAUGCUAGUGACUUUCAGCGGUUCCAGCAGAUGGGAUUCUAUGUAAUACAUUGCCUUGUAUGUCGUGGUCGUCGUUGUUGUUGUAGUUGGUUUGCUCUUGUCCACAACUCUUGAAUCUUAACCCUGAUUACUGGUAGUAGCUAGUAGUUGUUUUGCUGUUAACCCUUUCCCCUCUGUGUUCUUCCCCAUCCACUACCAUCAUCAUCUCGUGUGGUUUCUAUAUAUUUGAAUCACACACUUUAA